AACCCAAGAUUCCAGGGUCGUAGAGUUGAGGCGCAUGCGGAGACUUUCUCUUAGAUCUCGCGAUGUUGUUGCCUUCCCGGAAGUGCUGAAGAAUCUUCCCUGUUGACAGGCGUCGCGAUGUGUGGGGACUGUGUGGAAAAGGAAUAUCCCAACCGGGGUACCAUCUGCCUGGAAAGUGGAUCUUUCUUGCUGAACUUUACAGGCUGUGCAAUAUGCAGUAAACGAGAUUUUAUGCUGAUCACAAACAAAUCUUUGAGAGAGGAAGAUGGAGAAGAAAUAGUUACCUAUGACCAUCUCUGUAAGAAUUGUCAUCAUGUAAUAGCCAGGCAUGAGUAUACAUUCAGUGUCAUGGAUGAAUUUCAGGAGUACACCAUGCUGUGUCUGUUAUGUGGCAAAGCUGAAGAUACUAUCAGUAUUCUCCCUGAUGACCCCCGACAAAUGACUCUGUUAUUCUAAGGAUCCUUCUGCAGUUCUGUUGUAACUGUGUUGUAGUGGUUUACAAUACAACAAGUCUAAUGGUUUGCAUCUCUUCAUUUAUGAUGAAAAAUACUUGCAUUUUUUUUCUGUAUAAAUUUACCUAUUAUUUGAAGGGAAAAAAAGUGUUUUCCAGGACUGCUUGUCUCCAAAUAAACUCUUCUGCUUAAGUU